AUGGCGCCUCUGCCUGCAGCGAAACGACACCCCGGCCCCGGACGACCGCCCAGGAACCCCCCGAAGCAGGAACCGAGCGAAGGGCCUCCGCUCAAGAAACGAAAGUAUGUCCCAGGAGGCCCUGGGGGAGGUGGAAGGUUUAUCGAAUACGAAGUGAAGGAGGUACAAUCCACCAAAGUUGCGAAACCCGCGAAACCGGCCAAACCCACACCCGUGAGACGCACUUCUUCAGUUUCGCGCAGUCGAACCGCACGAGAAACACCGCGUGAAUCCGAACUGCAAACUGUCCAGGGCCUUCCGCCACCUUCUUCCGUCCCUGUCCCAGCAACACCGCCUUCUGCGCGAUUGAGACGGGAUAAGACUCAGAAUCGCGGUCGUUUUGGCUCAUCGACGUCGGCUGCGCUUGCGUUACAACAGGGAGAUGGCUACAAGCCACGUGAGGAGCGCGGUUGGGAGGAAUUCCAUCCAGAGCUAGAUAUUGACGCAAAAAUCACAGUUUUUAGCGCGGACGAGGUAGAUGGUCCACGUCCUUCAAACGCGAUCCCGAAUGCCCCUGUCGCGAAUGGUGAGCAGACUCCUAUCCCCGAUCAUCUCCGCGCGAAUGUCGUCGUGCCUUCUCCUACACCACUCAAGCGCCGCCCUGGACGUCCUCCGCGCCGUCCUGAUGCUAUGCUUCAUGGCCUGGGUAUGCCGAACGAGCCUAAGGCAGUGCCGCCUCCAGGCCCCAAUCCCCGCGAGAGGUUGACUCUACCGAAGCCGUCGUUCCGGAUGCGGGAUCCGUUUGUUUUCUACGAUCUACCGGGCGUCGGUCAAGCCAAUUAUGUCGACCGUACAAUGGCCAACGCGGGAUACCAAGAGAGCGAUCUCUUUUUCCGACACGAUCGCCAACUGAUUCGGAUGAGCGAGGCGGCGCAGGAGGAUGAUCUGGACGUGAUAAACCCAACGGGAAUUGAGGGUGAAGUGAACGCGGCAGUUGGCAGAGUGGAGUACGAUAUGGAUGAACAGGACGAAAAAUGGCUGGAAGAGUACAACACGAAACGAAGACUAGACGAACUGGAACCUAUUAAACCAGCGGUUUUCGAAAUUACCAUGACAAAAAUCGAAAAGGAAUGGCAUGCGCUUGAGAAACGGAUACCCAAGCCCAAUCCAAAACCACCGCAAACACAUCGCCCUCGUUCUAGCUCGGCAGCGGCCGUUAAUGGAGAAACUACCGGGUCGGGAGAAGAGCAGGACACGAAGUGCGCUAUCUGUGAUGAUGGCGACUGUGAGAACUCCAAUGCCAUUGUGUUCUGUGACGGAUGUGAUUUGGCAGUGCAUCAGGAGUGUUAUGGGGUGCCUUUCAUCCCAGAAGGCCAAUGGUUGUGCCGCAAGUGUCAACUGGUUGGAAGGGGCUCAGUCAACUGCAUUUUCUGUCCCAACACUGAGGGCGCUUUCAAACAAACGACUACGUCGAAGUGGUCACAUCUCCUUUGCGCUAUCUGGAUUCCAGAGGUGUCCAUCGGGAACCCGUCUCUGAUGGAGCCCAUUACAGAUAUCGAGAAGGUCCCCAGGAGUCGUUGGAAGCUCAAUUGCUAUAUUUGCCGGCAGAAAAUGGGUGCGUCGAUCCAGUGCAGCAACAAGCAUUGUUUUGUUGCAUUCCAUGUCACAUGUGCACGUAGAGCCCAGCUCUACCUGAAGAUGAAGGCAGGCAAUGGAACACCGGGACUUAUGGAUUCGCACCUCCUUAAAGCCUUUUGCGACAAGCACGUUCCCCCAGAAUGGCGAAGAGAGCAUGGCACCGACGCUGCUACCGCGGAGGCCAUCGAAUACUAUCGCGCAACAAUGCAAGGUCGACGAUGGGGUGAUAGCCAGGCCGCUGCUCUUUCGUUAGAACCGUCACACCCCACGGUCUGCGAUCACAUACAUGACGAUGGACAGAGAAGCGGUCCGCGACUCACACUUACUGUUGGCGGCAAUAAACGCAAGCGUCCAACCAUGCCCAGAACCGUCUGGAAAUUGCCUUCUGGGGCUCCAGUCAUACCACAGGUCGUUCUGAACUCCGUUGUGGCCUCUCUUCAGCGAUUCGGUGUUCGCCAAAGAAAACAAUACGGUGAAGAUGCGUGCAAAUAUUGGACACUCAAGCGGGAAGCAAGAAGAGGCGCAGCACUUUUGAAGCGGCUGCAGUUAUCAUUGGAGACCUUCUCUUCGAUGGAGAUGACGCGCAGAGACUACAUGGCUAUGGGAAUUGGUGGCGGCAAGCGGCUACAGCGGCGCAUCGAGUUUGGUGAGCGGCUUUCGCACGAUCUGGACCGGUUGCGCAUUCUAUGCGAUGAGGUGAAGAAGCGGGAACGAGAGAAGUUAAAGGAUGCGGAGAUGCUACGCCAUGUGGUGGAUACCGUUUACUUUCCUAUUUUCCCGUUGCUUUGGCCUAUUUUUGAGAAGGCUGUGGCUCUUGAUGGCAGGGGAAUAUUUCGACAAGGACUUUUAUCCAUCCGUAGGAAACUGGAAGACCGCUCGUAUACCUCCAUUUCCAUCUUUUCAGCUGAACUUGCCAGCGUAUUCACCUCGGAGAUCGGUGUACAGCCCGCCGGUGACACCGCUGAGCUCCAAAUGCAAAUAAGUGGCCGGGCGCCUGAGCUUAGCUUGGAGCAGCGUGAGAAGAGAAAGUUGGCUAAGCGGAUCAUCAAAUCGAUUCAACCUGCGUUGGAGGAUGCAAUUAAGAAGGAAAGCGAGUUGAAUCGUAAACCCUUCGAGCAGGAAUUGAAGGAGUUGGAUCAGAUAUUUGAGGAUAGUGUCCGGUCGCGGAGGAAUUCUCUUGCUGAUUUGACGGAAAUGGCUGGCAGGGAAGCCGUCGGUGAGCUGGAGGGUCCCAAUGGCACAGCAGAGAAGAUCGAGAGCGGCAAUGAGUCCGCGAAACAAGAGCCUCAGAAAGAGCAGCAGGCUUCUGUAUUACCUGAUACCGAUGGUGACCAUUCCAUGGCCGAUGCAGAUACAGUGCAGGCCCCUGAAACCGUGGAACCUCAAAACAAGGAUACGCCUGCGACCAGCACAACUGCACCAGCUGCAGUCAAGGAGUCCGAAGCUGAGAUGGAAACCAUGGACAUUCAAGCUCAUGAUGAGGCCCAUGUACCUGCCAACGGAGACUCGAGACCGCAUCCCAGCGGCAGUCCACAGCCCGCGAAGGAAGCGCCUGAACCACAAAAAGGACCUCCAACACCUCCACUGAGCUCCCAAGAAGACCAACAACAUCCCUUGGCACAAGGUGGAAUACAAUGGUACAUGGAGCCUUUCGAUCCACUAGGUACUACAAUAUACGAAGAACGAUGGACAGGCCGAGACGUCAUGCGCGGAAUGAGCGAGGAGCUUAGUGAACUGGACGAGGAUGAAUUGAUGGAUUUGGUGGACGAUGGUCUCGAGGGCAAGACGCAGACGAGCUCUGGUGCACCCGAGGAUGCAGACGGGUCUGGUGGUGAGCCACCAGUCAAGGUUCAUCAAACCCGGAGACGGCUACGGACAUCUUAUAACUAG